AUGGGUGUCGACUCGAGGAAGCCUCCACCACUACCUGCACCGACCGAGACCGAAUCCCUUUCUACACCCACCGAGUUGGCCCCGUCCGGUGUGUCCAAACCCGGCGACGAGAAUUCACACUACUCGCUGCCCGACGAUGGCACCCCGGUCACCAUUAGAACUCGUGGCCACAGACAGAACAAAUCGCAGACGUCACUACUGAUCGAGUACUUCGAGGGUGGGAAACCUCGCAGCGGGUCGCCCGGCGCAUCAGGUGCUACCGAGCGCAAGCCGAGUGUUCGCGUACGCCUGACGCCGUCCAAGGGUCGCGGGAAGAACGACCACAUCCAGAUCACUGAGACCAAGAGCAGAAAGGCAUCUUUGACCCGUAGAGCGACUGCGAGUCCGAACAUCAGCCGAAGCGAACUAGACAUGAUCGACCCCGAAGACGCCAGAAGCAUGAACUCUUACGCUUCCGCCACCGAGGAGUCCAAUGUCUCUCGCAACCCUAUCGAGGUUGAGAUCGACUCGAGUCAUCCUCGCCGCCGGCGGAAGGCGACGAGUCCUCUUAUCCCCGCUGUCGAUAGCAAAACAUCCACCUACCAGCCACCGAACAUGUCGGACAUCUCAGCGAUACCGACUGAUAGUUUUCUGGAUGGAUCUGGUGGGACCACGACUGCACGAGAAGAGAAGCGCGCCAGGAGCCCGCUUCGAGGUGACGGUCUGGCCGCCGGUGCUCUAGGAGCUGUUGCUGCCGCCGCCGCUGCAGAUAAGUUGAAUCGCAAGAACCGCAGCGAAAGCCACGAGCGAAGCGUUAUACAGAAGGCUGUUGAGAAGGCCAGCAAACCCGAGCGGAAACACAGGUCGAAAAGCAGGACGAGCAGUGUCAGUGAAAAGGAUGGGGAUAGCCGAAGAAGGUCCAAGGGAAGUCACAAGGAAUCUCUGGUCUCAGCCGUCGAUUCAAGCCUACUCUCGUCACAACUGACCGGAAGCCACCGGUCUUAUGAUUCGCAUUCCUCCUCAAAGAUCUCCAUCAACAACCCGAAAUUGCUUGAGACUGUCGAAGACGCCAUUCGUAGACUGAUUCUCCCAGAACUUGAUGCUCUCAAGCGAGAAAACAGCCAGCGAGAGACCAAAAGAACCAAGCAUCGAGACUCAUUAUCAAGCCUGACAUCAGGAUCCAGAGAGGAGACAUCGGUCACAAGCAAGCGGAAGUCUGCCGAUACAACUCACUCUACCAAGUCAAAAGACCGACGGGAUAGAGAGGCUAGGAACGAUCUAUCACCCCAUAGUAGUAUCGAUCACAUAUCCAUUGCGGAAGACGUUCACGAUGACGAGACCACGCCGCGUCGAACUCGUGACCGGCUCACGGACGCUGCCCUGGGUGCCGCAGUGGUGGGCGCUGCACUACGAUCAAGAUCUAGGGGCGAUGAAAAGCGGCAGCGAAGACGGCGGCGGACAGAGACACCGAAGCGUGACCACACCGACCGAUAUAACGACGAGUAUGAAGAGUCCGAGCAUGAGGUCGCACCACCGAUGCCCCUAUCGAGCGAGAUCAACCCGUCAGAAAUGACAAGAACGUCGAUUCUUUCCGCUGAGACGGAUAGACCCCACUCGGCAAGCGAGGAGAUGACACCGAUCCCGAUCAGGGAGGUGACGAGAGGCGUUGCCUCAAUGGAGUCGAUGAGCAGUUCUCCGACACCAACAAAGUCGCCUGGCCGCACCCUGCAAAGCCUGGGGACACAGCACGCCAACAUAUCUCAUGGCGACCUCAGGGCUCUUCCGCGGCAAUCAACCUCGGACUUCCGUGAGGAUCGCGAGACUGAGGAGUUUGGUCACGUGUACCCAGCUCAAAACCGAGAGGAAUACGAUGACGACUACGAGGAGGCAGGCCACUUGUCGGAGCCUGGUAUGUACGACGAGGAUACGGGGAUGGGUCAUGCAUUUUAUGGCACCCAGGACGUUCCAGCUCCGCUGCGUUACGUCCCCUACCAGCAAGAGAGACGCGGCCUCAGCCCAAUCCAGAGUGUGUCCGGUUACACCGAGGGCGAGAGCGAAGUCCAGGGUCAUAGAGACUCGAGAACCACGCACACCGCCAGUGAACGCUCUUCGCCGGAGAAAUUAUCAAGACAUGAGCGAGAUCUGGAGUCGCCUGGCUCUGUUCCAAGCAACAUGCGAAGCCGCGAAUUCGGUGACGAAGGCAGUAGCGUGAGGAGCUCGGGUCUGGGCUACAGGAAUACCACGUAUAUCGACGAUAGCGAACUGGAUGGAGUAACAUCCGGGCAAGCAGUGCAGGUUGUCGGGGGCAACCCUCGAAUGGUCCACCAGAAUUUCGGGCCGGAGUCUGCCGUCGCAUCUCUGGUCGACGGCUCUGUUCUCGAUCCGUCCGUACUAAGUGGAUCUGCGGGACCCUCUAGACAGGAUUAUCGCAGUUCGCAACUCUCCUAUGAGGAGGCCGCCAGCGAAUCCAGCUCGAGAGAUUCGAGCCCCGCUAAGCGGUCGGUGGAUAGCCGCCAGCAAGUUCUUGCGGAACAGGGCCAUUCCCCAGCGCCGUCCCGGGAAAGAGACGGUUCGCCAGCCUCUCGCGAAUUCGCAGAGUACGAACUCAACGAACACGGACAGAAGGUUCCCCGAUCGGCUUAUCGCCAAUCUCCGACCACAUCUGAGACCGCCAUCACGGCUGCCGCACUCAGCCGGGCAGCGGCUGCUGCGCUUAAACGGCAACACAGAGGUCACGAGUCACCCAGCGAUGAGAUGUACGGAAGUCAGUUCUCUGGAGCUGGUGUAUCCCGAAAUCGGUCCUUCAAGGAACGAGCCGCAAAGGAUGGCUACCAGCCAAAUGCCACACCACGACACAGUGUUGAUCGUCUGUCCGACUACAGUCAGCCCAGGCUGGGAGCUAGUGGCUUACCAGAUGUUGACAAUCCAAUGCCGGAAAUAGGCUACGGCUACGGUGACGACCAUCGAUCCCAACAAAACACACCAUCUAUCGUGCGCGAGCCCCUCGGCGGCUCGCAUCACGAAAGCCGAGAACACUGGCCUUCAGAGCCUACACCUACGCAAGAGGCGCAUGACUAUGAUCGCGCUGUCACUCCCAAGGCAAGCAGUGCCCGUGGCAAUGGGGAUGGCCUUGGUAUCGCCGAUGCGGCAGCGGUUGCGACUAUUGCGACUAUUGCGACUGCUGGGGCCUUGGCAGCUUCGCACAGUCGACAACCAAGUCAAGAGCAAGAUGAUGAAUGGCAGCGAACAUCAGGUGAACGCAAGAGAGAUACCUGGGUCACAAAUCCCUACGAAGGAACCAGCCCGAUCGCCAAUCUCCCCGGGCUGGAGGGCAAUAUAUUGGGCGGUACAGGCUUCGGAUCUGACCAGUACCGCAAUGGUUUCCACAAUGGCAGCCCAGGCUUACCAGGUGGGGACGAAGGUUACAUCUCCGCGGCCCCGAACGAGGCUCGAGACGGAAUCAACGGGAAGGGUAAAAACAUCGAAGUCUUGAACCAACCCCGCCUUGGGGACGUGGAAGAUCCCUUCUACGCACCCAAAGAUUCCAGAGGCCUCAGUGGCAUGUCCCAAGGGAUGCAGACGCCGCUGUACGACCCUGCGUCCGGAACUGGUAUUGACAGGAUUCAGUCGAAAGAUAUUAUUGCACUAAUGGAGCAUCUUAUGGUCCGUGACGCUCAACGGAGUGCUAGAGACACCGAGAUUCUGGUGACGCUUGUUCGAUCAGCUGCCGAGAUGCGCAACUCCUUCGAGGAUAUCAAGAAGAUGCUAGCAGACUCUGAAGAUCAGAUCAUUGGCGAAGUCAAGGACAACACGGAGAAGACUGUCAAACGCCACCUCGGGGGUCCCAGGCCAUUCCCUGGCAGCAGUGGGCGAUCUGUCCAGGGCGGUUCGCUUGCUGGUACCGACGAUCUACCUACAAAGAAGCGAAACCUACUUCGCCGAGCUCUCCAAGGAUUGGGCGCAAAGGGUGCCAACGACCUGGGCAGGAUAGAGGAUAUGUUGUUCCAGCUCCUCACUGACGUCGACGUUCUGAAGCACCAGACUGCUGGUCCGGGUGGCGUGAGCACGCAAGCUCAGUCUCUUGAGAAUCUGCAGCCGUCAAUCCAGUACGAACAAGACCGAGGCUAUGAGCCGGAAGGAAAUGCUGGAACCUCUACUGCUAGCCAUGCCAGUCAAUCUGGUCAUCUCUCUUUACCCCAGUCCCGUGGGAACUCCACGCGACUAGGAAAUGAUCGAAAGUUUUCUGAUCACCGCAUCAGUACCGUUCCCGAGGACUCGGAUGAGUACGACGACCAUGCUGUACCGGCAAUCAAGCGAUACCCUGCUGAAGAAACGCUACUGUCUCCUGCCAGCGACAGGCAACGAGGUGGCUCCGUCCCUCUAGGCACACCCCCUCACCAAACUCCACAAGCUCAGCAUUACUCUGUCAGCAACGAUAAUACUCCUCGGACCGAAGAGGGCAAGAAGCACAAAUCAAGGGGAUCAACAAGCUUCUUCCCCAAGAUAUCGCGUUGGUCGGAGACUACAGCGUCGAGCAUUGGCAAAGCCUUCCGCGGCAGUGGGGGUUCUCGAAAACAGGACCCUCCUGAGGAAUACCUGCAGCAUCCUCCUUCUCGCUCUGGGUCCGACCUCGGUGAUUAUGAUCAUCUCCAUAACCAGGAUACAUACGGAGAUGACGAACUACACGCGGGGUUCUCCCAGGACCUCCUGCCACCAGGUAUGGAUGGCGGUGCGCAUGGCCCUUCGAUGGCAAAUGAGCAGCUGUCUGUGCCAGGAACAUAUGCCACUCCGGAAGACCCCAAGUACAGGGCUCACCGGAACUCGUUGAACUUGCAGCACCCUCAGCCUCGUCCAGGGCAGACUGAGCGGUUUCGAACCGCACUAGAGACCUCCGCGGCUGACUAUGACUCACCAAUGUCUCCUAGAUCAGCUGAUUGGGCCGGCUCCGCUACAUCGCUUCAUCGUUUCCCGGCGCAAAACACUCAGCGGUACAGCGACAACAGUGCUCUGAACUCGGGCGCAGCAGGCGACGAGUACAACUGGUCCAAUGGACAGUCACCUGGCCAGCAGGGACCACCACGCCCUCCCAAAGAGCCGCUGGAUGGCCGAUCACCGGCGCAGGCAUCGACCCCGCCGCAGAACGCCCGGGUGAACAAGCUGCAGAAGAAGCAACAAAGCCCACUGCCUUAUCACAGUGUCGAGAGUGGCUACGGAACCGCUUCGGCUACCCACGCUGGGAGCUACAACUCAGGUAGCCCGCGACUGGAGAACAGAAACCUCAGCGGAGCUCUUGGUGUGCCAACGCGGAGACCCAGUGGGCCCAGAGCCAUGACACCCACGCGAAGUGACGAUGGCGAGAAGGAUGAGAGACGACGCAAGCGUGACACGUUCGGAACAGCAGCCAGCCCCUCCAGCGCUGCUAGCCAAGAGUCCGAAACGUUUUAG